AUGGGACUUGCUUGUGGACAGGAUCCGGACAUUGUUAGAACAAUAUGCUCAUGGAUUAAACAAGCAGUGAAGAUUCCCUUCUUCCCCAAAAUGACUCCUAACAUUACGGAUAUCCGGUCGAUAGCUGCUGCUGCUAAAGAAGGAGGUGCGAGUGGGGUCACUGCUACAAACACCGUAUCUGGUUUGAUGCAUAUGAAAGCAGAUGGUACAUCCUGGCCAGCAGUAGGUGAAGAGAAGAGAACAACUUAUGGAGGCGUGUCCGGCUCGGCAAUUCGUCCUAUAGCUCUAAAAGCUGUUUCUGCUAUAGCAAGACAAUUGAAAGGAUUUCCUAUUAUGGCUACUGGUGGUAUUGAAAGUGCGGAAACGGGUCUUGCUUUUCUGUAUGCUGGAGCUUCAGUUCUUCAAGUAUGCCUCAUGAAUAUGGCACUCCUCUAUUUGAAAGCAGCUCAGUCUUUGGGAAACUGGGAUGGACAAAGCCCGCCCGUCGAAAAGCACCAAAAAGGAAAACCUCUGCUUGGUCUACCUAAUUUUGGAAACUAUCGCAAUGAUCGUGCUAAACUGGAAGAAAGCACAUUUAAAAAAGGUACUCCUGUGUCGAUAACUGGAGAGUUUGCGACACGUCCAGAUUUGAGUGUAGGAGAUAUCCCAUCAGUCCAGGACGUUAUUGGCAAUGCUCUCCCUCGAAUUGGUCCCUAUGUCACUCUGGACAAUAAACAACAGAAAGUUGCUCUCAUCGACGAUGAUAUGUGUAUUAAUUGCGGAAAAUGCUACAUGACUUGCAACGAUUCCGGCUAUCAAGCCAUAUCGUUCAGCGGGCAAACCCAUCAGCCAAAAGUCAACGAAGAUGAUUGCACUGGGUGUACACUCUGCUACAGUGUUUGCCCGAUCCCAGAAUGUAUUCAAAUGGUGCCGAGGACAGGACCAUGGAAAGCGCCAAAGCGUGGUGUUACGCCUCAAUUUGAACCGGGAACUCCAAAAGUUGUAAAAGUCAACGAACGGGGAGAAGUGAUUGAUGCCAAUUGA